CAGCUGAAGACUCGACCUCGAGCCCCAUAUGGAGACUGACACCGAUGCGGCAGUACUAGCGCUGAAGGCUGGCGGCGUGGAUGAGGAGCAGCAGCAGGAGGAGGCGCGGAGCGUGCGGUGCGAGUGCUGCGGCAUGGCGGAGGACUGCACCCCGGGGUACAUCGGCCGCGUCAGGGAGCGCUUCGGCGGGCGGUGGGUGUGCGGGCUGUGCGCGGAGGCCGUGAGCGAGCGGCGGCGGCGCGAGCCGGCGCUGACGGUGGGCGAGGCCGUCGAGUCGCACGCGUCGCUCUGCGACAGGUUCAACAGCACCGUGCGGCUCAACCCCACGCUGUCGCUCGCCCGCUCCAUGCGCGACAUCGCCAGGACCAGCUGCCUCAGCCGGCACCGCUCCGCGCGCGCGGCGGCCUGCGGCGCCCCCGACAAGAUCAGCAGGGUCGAGAGCUGCCCGCUGCCAUACGUUUGACGGCUCGAUCGCCAUUAGCCCCCAAUACGCAAGACUAGGUUGUAUACUCGAUUGUUGUAUAGGUUACUGUUGACUGAUGUUGUUACUAAAUAUUUUUUUUGUUUUUACUGAGACAGUAAAUCUUCUAACAAAGUGUAUGCUGUAUGUAAUCUAUUAUAUAUAUUAUAUGUCU